ACAUACGGUAUAGGUACCGGUAUAUGAAAAGGAUGACUUGCAGUUUUGGCUGCUUAUGCAAUCGAUCCUUAAAUUACUAAAUUUGGUGGAUUCAGACUAUUUUUCGUAAAGAUGACAACUACAGAGUCCGUACAAGAACCAGACUUGAGCUCAAGCAGUGACAAGAAGAGAGAAAUGACGAUAGAAAACGGAAACGAAAGGCAGAUUUGCCAAAGAUCAUGCAGUUUGAGGCGGAAUGAUGACGGAGAAGGAUUUUUUUAUCGAUGGAUGCCGAGAUGGAGUCCUACAUCAGCGAAGCUUCUAGAAAAAGCAGAGGAGAAAAUUCUGGGAUGUCUAACUGUGCCAUACAAAUCUUUCUUUGCGGAUAUCGAUGGUGGAGUUAACAAAAUCAGAACGCUGAAGAUGAAUCCUUCCAAUUCGACCAAGACACCUUACGUCCUCAUCCACGGUUUUGCUAGUGGCGUUGCACUCUGGGUAAUGAACUUGGAAGGGCUGGCAGUCAACAGACCUGUCUAUGCCAUAGACGUCAUGGGGUUUGGACGCAGCUCACGCCCCAAGUUUCCUUUCGGAGCAGAGGCUGCUGAAGCAGAGUUUGUCCGAUCCAUCGAGGAAUGGAGGAAAUCUGUGGGCCUAGAGAAAAUGAUCCUGAUUGGUCAUAGCUUGGGUGGUUUCCUAUCCUCGGCCUACAGCCUGGCCCACCCUGAGAGGGUGAAGCACCUAGUUCUCCUAGAUCCUUGGGGUGUGGUCAAGAGAGACGAGGAGGAGAAGUUGGAGCUGCCUUACUGGGCUCGCAUUGUAGGAACCAUUGCACUGUCCUUCAAUCCAUUGUCAACAAUCAGGGCAGCAGGGCCACUAGGACCUUAUUUGAUUAGAAAAGCAAGAGGAGAAACUGUUGGAAGGAAAUUUUCAUCGCUCUUCAGUGAUGAUCGCAUUUCACAGUACAUCUACCACUGCAAUGCACAGUAUCCAGCUGGUGAACAAGCUUUCAAGGAUAUCAGCAUGCAGGUUGGUUGGGCCAGGAACCCCUUAGAAGACAGGAUAGGAGAGUUACCAGCCCACAUCCCCAUCAGUAUGAUCUACGGUUCAAGGAGCUGGAUGGACUUCACUGGAGGGAGCCUGGUGAAGCAGUUAAGACCUAACUCCAGGGUAGAUGUCAGGAUAAUUAAAGGAGCAGAUCACCAUGUUUAUGCUGAUAAAAGUGGCCAGCUCAACGAAUUAAUCAACUCAUUGUGCAAGGAUUCAUCGUGAGAAACCAUGGGUCUGCCUUAUUAUAUCUGACCAAUCUGUAAGCAACUCACCCAGUCGGUAGAAUGUUAAUAAACCAGAGACAUCAAUUGUAGGCUAUCAUCUGAGUUCAGACCCCACAGUCUCCUAUAAUUUGACAUAAUUCCUCCCUUUAAGUAAGCCUAUUCGGAGUCAUCAGUGUAUUUUCAGGUAAUUCCAGCCUCAUACGUACAAAACAUCCGAUUCUUGGUGAUUUGGGGCCUCUGGUCAAUAUUGAAGAUAAAUUUAAGGAGCUUUAAUGUGCAGCUGAACUUGUCAGUGUAUUGAUUGUCAUAAGCAGAGAUAGUAUGUGGUGAAUUGAAAGAUCAGUAUACGUGUACAUGUUGUUUUGGCUUAUAUGACGAGUAUCAUUCAAGCAUGAAUAUUUGCGCCAGUUUCGAGGUUUUGUAGUCUUGUUGCAAAACACCCUCUCACGCUAUGUGACUGAUGGAAUUUGUGCAUGUAUUGUAAACACCUGGGGGUGUUUCACAAAGAUUCAAGUAUGACUUAGAGUCGUACUUAAAUGCUGACGCGUACAUGAUACCUGUACGUAACAUGUAAUCACAUUAAACAAUACGCAGUAGUGCGCGUCGUCCUCGCAUAAUCUGACCAAAGCGGUCAUGCCUUUUAAACCGCACGCAACUAGACAUUUAAGUGCUACUCUUAAGUCAUACUUAAAUCUUUGUGAAACACCCCCCUGAUAACCAUGACCUAAUUUCUUCCCCAUUGUGAAAAUUAAUCCCUCGUAAUAUUAUUCAUUUAGAUUAAGUCAUUCAUUUAAAAUGAAAGGAAAUUUCGACUUUAUUUUUUUUAUGUUCAGAGUUAUUUUCUUGAAUCAAAAUAAGUCGAAGUAGAUUUAUAGUAAUGAACUGAAAUGGGUAACAGAUACAUACAUGUGUAUAAGAUAUGUAUUUGUAGUUUUUGCAUAGCUUUUAAUUAAAUCCAUGAGAUGAUUGUAUUUUAAAUACAAUAAAAAUGAUGAUAGAUUUUAAAAGGAUUUAUUUCAGUUGAAUUUAUUUAUGCCUUGAUAUUUGAUUACUGGUAGUCCUGGUAGCCCUUAAUUUGAUGGUAAUUAUGCACUUUAAAGUUCCCAAUACCCACUGUUUUUUGUUUUGGAUGUAUUUUCAAGUAUUUUGAUAGUACUGGAUCAUUCAGAUGAACCACAAUGCAUAUAACCUUAACUUUCAAAUACCCAGAUAACAAUCAUGAUUCAGCAAUUUAUUAUGUCCGUUGAUAUUCUUUUUUUUUUUUAAAGUCAACAGAAAUGACUGAAAUUUUGAAUCAUUCUGUGUGUAUAUGUGCGUGUGUACACGUACCUCAUUAUUAAUAUAGAGGUGGCAUACGGCCAAUGAAUUGAUGAAAUGAACAUGUAUGUAUUUACAAUUAUAUAAAAGUAAAGUUUUUAAUUCAAUAAGUACUACAUGUAAUGUGAUGUAACCAAAUGCAGCCAGUUGGUUAAAUGAUAUCAUAUUUCUAGAAUGAAUUCAUGCCUUGCAUCAGUGCAAUUAUAACCUUUUAUUAAGUACUCCUAAGCAUAUAUGUAGUGUAGUUUUAAUUUUUGAAAGACAACAUUUAACACUGCACUGGUUUUUUACCAUAGAUUGACAAAUGAUGUUUUCGUGACAAUUCUUUGUGCUGUUAAUAGUACUAAUGAUAUUUAGUGCAUAUGAUGUAUUUCGUUUGUUGUAAAACCAAAUUAGAGCAAUAGGUUACUCAUUACUGCCAUUGCACAAGGAUGACCAUGCACCAUAAUACAUUUAAUGUUCAGCUGUGGCCUGAAGUCUCACCUAACUUUAAAAAAUGGACUGCUAACUUCAGAUUUUGUCUACAGUGCUGUUCACAAAGGAUUGUAGGAGAUAAGCCUGACCUGUCUAGCAAAUUAAAUUUGGGGUGAUGUCUUACAUGUAAGACUGUAACCCAGUCUAGUUAGGUGAUGGGUGUCAAGUCAUAGUUUAACCAUAUCAGAGUCUGAGAAUUGUGUAUAACAUUUACCUUGAACAGAAGGUAUAGUAUCCAGAAAGAUGUUCCAGCAUAUUGUAAACAAGGUAAUAUUAUUUUAUUUGAACAAACUGCAA